AUGAAAUUCUUGGCGACCAUAGUUGCGAUGGUUUUAGGUAUUGCUCUUUCCUUCAACAUUGUGGGAAACAUGAGCUGCAAUGCUGCUGGACAGUAUGACUACUUUCAGUUUGUUCAGGAGUCUCCUUUUGCAUUUUGCAAAGAUAGUAAUGGAAAUGGAAGCAACAUCCUACCUCUGCCACGAAUAUUUACAAUUCAUGGCUUGUGGCCAAGCAACUUCACAAAUCGUCAUAAACCUUGCGUUGGUAGACAAUUUAGUAGAGAUGUGUUUACAUAUGAAGCUGUAAGGCCCUGUUUGGUUCAUGGGAAAAGAGACUUAGGGAUGGGAGAUAAAUUGCUUUCCCAUGUUUGA